UGGAACAUUUGGAAUAUUUAUAAUGAAAGAAGAAAACUAACACCAGACUCUAGACCAGUCUAUACUAUGGAUAGAACCCUACAAUACCUACAACUACCUCCAUCCUCUAUCCUCUGUGGUGACUUCAAUGCUCAUCAUAGUUGGUCGAACCCUGGAGUUGAACAACAAAUCAGGGGUGACAUACUAGUAGACUGGUUUAGAGCUAACAGAUGUGAUCUAGUCAACGGUGCAGAUACACCUACAUACAACUACACACAUGGGAAUAGGACUUCAAUUUUAGACUUAACAUUGGCUACACCUGAUAUCUUUGAAAGACUUAUUGACUGGGCAGUAGAUCAGGAUGCACAUACUGGCAGUGAUCAUGAAGUGGUAAGAUUCUCUCUGGUAUUGAAUACUGACACCUUAGUUCCAAGUCCUAUGAGCAACAAAUUCAACUGGCAGGUAGCAGACUGGGAGUCUUUUCAGAAAACACUUCAGGAAUUGAUGGCUAAGUCUUCUCCUAUAUUUAUUCCUCUCGUUGAUGAUGGUACAGCUGAAUCCUUAGACCAGGCUGCCUCUAUUUUGACAGACUCAAUCCACCAGUCCCUCUCCCUCCAUGUUCCUCUUAGCAAACCUUGCUCUAGAUCAAAGAGGUGGUGGACUGAGGAACUUACUGGCAUGAGAACUGAGAUGGCUAAAUGUUACAGAAAAUGGAAACACUCCAGACUUGAGACUGACUACACUGACUACAAAAGAUCUAGGAACAAAUACUUUAGGAAGAUUAGAGACUCCAAAGCUAACUGCUGGCAGAGUUUCCUCAACACUGCUUGAGGUCAGGAUAUCUUUACUGCAGUUAAGUAUAGUAGACCAACUAAGUUCCUCAAAACUCCACCCCUCUCUUUUGACAAACAGUGUGCUACUGACUUUGAUAGUAAGUGCAUGAUGUCCAGAGAAGCCAUGUUCCCUGAUCCACCUGCCAGCAAACCAACUUUCAGCCAUGAGGACACAGAAAUAGAUACGUGUUUUCCCUGGUAUGAUAUUACUGACACUGAGGUAAAAGAUACAAUCUUCAAAUCUGCACCUCACAAAGCUCCAGGACCUGAUGGUAUUAACUUUCUUUGUCUGAGGCAAGUGUAUCAUGCAAUUCCUAUACCUCUUGUUAAGUUGUUUCAAGCUGUACUGAAGACAGGUUAUUAUCCCCAAGGCUGGAGAGAGGCAACUGGAGCUAUAAUCAGGAAACCUAACAAAGCAGACUAUACUACCCCCAAAGCCUAUAGACCUGUCUCUCUGCUAAACUGCUUAGGAAAGAUUUCAGAAAAGAUUAUGGCCAACAGACUAGCCUACAUUGCAGAAACUAAAGGGCUGCUACACUAAGAGCAAAUUGGAGGAAGGAAAGGAAGAAGUGCAGUGGAUGCAGUGAUGGCAUUAACACAUGAUAUUCAGCAGGCCAAGUUAAAUGGUAAAGUCCUUUCUGCCCUCUUUGUUGAUGUCAAAGGUGCAUUUGACCAUGUUAGCAAAAUACAACUACUCUUGGUGCUACAGUCUUUAGGAUUUCCUUCCCCUAUUCUUACCUGGACAGACAGCUUCCUCUCCAACAGACAACUGGGGUUAGCUUUUGAUGGACAAAGACAACCUCUCCUACCAGUCAACACAGGUAUUCCUCAAGGCUCUCCCAUUUCACCAAUCCUCUUUCUAUUCUACUUGACAAACUUGUUCAAGGACAUGGAGCCAGGAGUUUUAACUCCACAGCUAAGAUCCCCCUCUUUCAUUGAUGAUAUUGCUUUUGUAGUCACAGGCCCCUCUGAGCAGACCAACUCCAAGGCAUUGGAGGUGGUAGCCAGAAGGGCCUGGAGUUGGGCAGCUAACAAUGUAAUAGUAUUUGAUGAUCCCAAGACAGAUCUGAUGCAUUUUCACAACAAAACCAAUGACCUUACUACCAACUCCCCUGUCACUCUUGCUCAUGGCACU